AUGGAUGCCAACUAUGUCCCUGGCCCUCUAGGCACACACAGUGUGCCCCCGAUACUGGGCACCACAGCUCGACCUGGGACUGGCCAGCCAGGGGAAUUCCACACUACCCCACCGGGCACCCCCAGACACCAGCCUUCCACGCCUGACCCCUUCCUCAAACCCCGUUGCCCCUCAUUGGACAACCUGGCUGUGCCUGAGAGCCCAGGGGUAGCAGGAGGCAAGACAUCCGAGCCUCUUCUCUCGCCCCCACCUUUUGGGGAGUCUCGGAAGACCCUAGAGGUGAAGAAGGAAGAGCUUGGGGCAUCCUCUCCUGGCUAUGGUCCCCCAAACCUGGGCUGUGUUGACUCACCCUCCUCAGGCCCCCAGCUGGGUGGCCUGGAGUUAAAGGCACCUGAUGUCUUCAAAGCCCCCCUCACCCCUCGGGCAUCUCAGGUAGAGCCCCAGAGCCCGGGCCUGGGCUUACGGGCCCAGGAGCCACCCCCUGCCCAGGCUUUGGCCCCUUCUCCUCCCAGCCACCCAGACGUCUUUCGUUCUGGCCCCUACACUGACCCCUAUGCCCAGCCCCCAUUGACUCCUCGGCCCCAACCACCACCCCCUGAGAGCUGCUGUGCCCUGCCGCCUCGGUCACUGCCCUCUGACCCUUUCUCUAGAGUGCCCGCCAGUCCUCAGUCCCAGUCCAGCUCCCAGUCCCCAUUGACUCCACGUCCUCUGUCUGCUGAGGCUUUCUGCCCAUCCCCUGUUACCCCUCGCUUCCAGUCCCCCGACCCUUAUUCUCGUCCACCCUCACGCCCUCAGUCCCGUGACCCCUUUGCCCCAUUGCAUAAGCCCCCCCGACCCCAGCCCCCUGAAGUUGCCUUUAAGGCUGGGCCCCUAGCCCACACCCCGCUGGGAGCUGGGGGCUUCCCAGCAGCCCUGCCCUCCGGCCCAGCAGGUGAGCUCCAUGCCAAGGUCCCAAGUGGACAGCCUCCCAAUUUUGCCCGUUCUCCUGGGACAGGUGCAUUUGUGGGCACCCCGUCUCCCAUGCGGUUCACUUUCCCACAGGGGGUAGGGGAACCUUCCCUAAAGCCCCCUGUCCCUCAACCUGGUCUCCCUCCACCCCAUGGGAUCAACAGCCAUUUUGGGCCUGGCCCCACCUUGGGGAAGCCUCAAAGCACAAACUACGCAGUAGCCACGGGGAACUUUCACCCAUCAGGCAGCCCCCUGGGACCCACCACUGGGCCCACAGGGGAGGGCUAUGGGCUGUCCCCACUGCGCCCCGCGUCAGUUCUCCCGCCUCCCACACCCGAUGGACCCCUUCCCUACUUGUCCCAUGGAGCCUCACAAAGGGCAGGCAUCACCUCACCAGUGGAAAAGCGCGAAGACGCAGCAGGAGCUACAGUGAGCGGUGGCUCUCUGGCAGCCCCUGAACUCUCAAGUACCCAGGAUGCAGGCAUGUCUAGCCUCAGCCAGACGGAGCUGGAGAAGCAGCGGCAGCGCCAGAGACUAAGGGAACUGCUGAUUCGGCAGCAGAUCCAGCGUAACAACCUGCGGCAGGAGAAGGAGACAGCUGCAGCAGCUGCGGGUGCCGUGGGGCCUCCAGGCAACUGGGGUGCUGACCCCAGCAGCCCUGCCUUUGAACAGCUGAGUCGAGGCCAGACCCCGUUCACCGGGUCCCAGGAGAAGAACAGUAUUGUGGGGUUACCCUCAAGCAAACUCGGUGGUCCCAUCCUGGGACCAGGAGCCUUCUCCAGUGAUGACCGACUCUCCCGGCCACUUCCACCAGCCACACCUUCCGCCAUGGAUAUGAACAGCAGGCAACUUGUCGGAGGUUCUCAGGCCUUCUACCAGCGCACACCAUAUCCUGGGUCCCUGCCUCUACAGCAGCAGCAGCAGCAGCAGCAGCAGCAGCAAAUGUGGCAGCAGCAGCAGCAACAGCAGGCAACAGCAGCAACCUCCAUGCGACUUGCUAUGUCUGCUCGAUUUCCAUCCACUCCUGCACCAGAACUUGGCCGCCAAGCACUAGGCUCCCCCUUGGCAGGGAUCCCCACCCGCCUUCCAGGCCCUGCUGAACCCGUGCCUGGUCCAGCUGGUCCUGCUCAGUUUAUUGAGUUGCGACACAAUGUGCAGAAAGGACUUGGACCUGGGGGAUCUCCGUUUCCUGGUCAGGGUCCCCCUCAGAGGCCCCGUUUUUAUCCGGUAAGCGAGGAACCCCAUCGAAUGGCUCCUGAAGGUCUUCGGGGUGUGGCUGCUUCAGGCCUUCCCCCACAGAAACCCUCAGCUCCACCAGCUCCUGAUUUGAACAACAGCCUCCAUCAGACACCCCAUACCAAGGGUCCUGCCCUACCAACUGGCUUGGAGCUGGUCACCCGUCCACCAUCAAGCACUGAACUUGGUCGCCCCCCUCUGGCCUUGGAAGCUGGCAAGUUGCCUUGUGAGGAUCCUGAGCUAGAUGAUGACUUUGAUGCCCACAAGGCCCUAGAGGAUGAUGAAGAACUUGCUCACUUGGGUCUGGGUGUGGAUGUGGCCAAGGGUGAUGAUGAACUGAGCACCCUGGAAAACCUGGAGACUAAUGAUCCCCACCUAGAUGACCUCCUCAAUGGAGAUGAAUUUGACCUGCUAGCGUACACUGACCCAGAGCUGGAUACCGGGGACAAGAAGGACAUCUUCAAUGAGCACCUAAGGCUGGUGGAGUCAGCAAAUGAGAAGGCUGAGCGAGAAGCCCUGCUGCGGGGGGUGGAGCCAGUGUCUUUGGGCCCUGAGGAACGCCCUCCCCCUGCCACAGAUAACUCUGAGCCUCGCCUAACAUCUGUGCUCCCUGAGGUGAAGCCCAAAGUGGAGGAGGGAGGACGCCCCCCUUCUCCUUGCCAGUUCACCAUUAACACCCCCAAGGUAGAACCAGCACCUUCGGCUGCUCCCCUCAGCCUGGGACUUAAGCCAGGUCAGACUGUGCUGGGCAGCCGGGACACUCGAGUAGGUACAGGACCAUUCCCCAGCAGUGGGCACACAGCUGAGAAGGGCCCAUUUGGGACCCCAGGAGGAGCACCAGCUCACUUGCUGAACCCUGGCUCACUGAGUGGCCCAGGCGGAUCCUCCCUUCUGGAAAAAUUUGAGCUAGAGAGUGGGGCUCUCACCUUGCCCAGUGGACACGCAGCACCGGGAGAUGAGCUGGACAAGAUGGAGAGCUCACUCGUCGCCAGCGAGUUGCCCCUGCUCAUCGAGGACCUGUUAGAGCAUGAGAAGAAGGAGCUGCAGAAGAAGCAGCAGCUUUCAGCCCAGCUGCAGCCUGCCCAGCAGCAGCAGCAGCAGCAACAGCAGCAGCAACACUCCCUCCUUCCCGCGCCAGGCCCUGCACAGACCCUGCCUUUGCCGCAUGAGGCUGGGCCCCCACAGCAGCUCGCUCUGGGGCUUGGAAGUACCCGACAGCCAGGUUUGGGCCAGUCACUGAUGCCCACCCAGUCACCAGCUCACGCGCUUCAGCAGCGCCUGGCCCCAUCUGUGCCUAUGGUGUCUAACCAAGGGCAUAUGCUAAGUGGGCAGCAGGCAGGGCAGGCAGGCUUGGUGCCCCAGCAGAGCUCCCAGCCAGUGUUAGCACAGAAACCCAUGAACGCCAUGCCAGCUUCCAUGUGCAUGAAGCCCCAACAGCUGGCUAUGCAGCAACAACAGCUGGCUAACAGCUUCUUCCCUGACACAGAUCUGGACAAAUUUGCUGCAGAGGACAUCAUUGAUCCUAUUGCCAAGGCUAAGAUGGUAGCUUUGAAAGGCAUCAAGAAAGUCAUGGCUCAGGGCAGCAUUGGGGUGGCCCCCGGAAUGAACAGGCAGCAAGUCUCAUUGCUGGCACAGAGGCUCUCGGGGGGAUCUGGCUCUGAUCUGCAGAACCAUGUGGCACCUGGGAGUGGCCAGGAGCGGAAUGCUAGUGACCCUUCUCAGCCUCGUCCCAAUCCACCCACUUUUGCCCAGGGAGUGAUCAAUGACGCUGACCAGCGACAGUAUGAAGAGUGGCUGUUUCACACCCAGCAGCUCCUACAGAUGCAGCUGAAGGUGCUAGAGGAGCAGAUUGGUGUGCAUCGCAAGUCUCGGAAGGCUCUCUGUGCCAAGCAGCGCACUGCCAAAAAGGCCGGCCGUGAGUUCCCAGAAGCUGACGCUGAGAAGCUCAAGCUGGUUACAGAGCAGCAAAGCAAGAUCCAGAAACAACUGGAUCAGGUCCGGAAACAGCAGAAGGAGCACACGAAUCUCAUGGCAGAAUAUCGCAACAAACAGCAGCAGCAGCAACAGCAACAGCAGCAGCAGCAGCAGCAGCAGCAGCAGCAGCACUCAGCUGUACUGGCUCUCAGCCCUUCUCAGAGUUCUCGGGUACUCACUAAGCUGCCUGGCCAGCUGCUCCCUGGCCAUGGAUUACAGCCACCACAGGCACCUCCAGGUGGGCAAGCUGGAGGUCUUCGCCUGCCUCCGGGAGGUAUGGUACUCCCUGGACAGCCCGGUGGUCCGUUCCUCAAUACUGCCUUGGCGCAGCAGCAGCAGCAGCAGCAGCAGCAGCAACAGCAGCAUCCUGGUGUGGCUGGAUCCUUGACUGGCCCCUCAGGGAGCUUCUUCCCUGGCAAUCUUGCUCUCCGAAGCCUUGGACCUGACUCAAGGCUUUUUCAGGAAAGGCAACUACAGCUGCAGCAGCAACGAAUGCAGCUGGCCCAGAAAUUGCAGCAGCAGCAGCAGCAGCAGCAGCAGCACCUCUUAGGGCAGGUGGCAGUCCAGCAGCAGCAGCAGGGUCCCCCCGGAGUACAGAACCAGACUCUGGGUCCCAAGCCUCAGGGCCUUCUGCCUCCCAGCAACCACCAGGGCCUCCUGGUGCAACAGUUGUCCCCCCAGCAAUCACAGGGCUCCCAGGGCAUGCUGGGUCCUGGCCAGGUUGCAGUGCUGCAGCAGCAGCAGCAGCAGCAGCAGCAGCACUCUGGAGCUUUGGUUCCUCAGGGCCCUCACAGACAGGUGCUUAUGACUCAGUCCAGGGUGCUGAGUUCCCCUCAGCUGUCGCAGCAGGGUCACAGCCUUAUGGGACACCGACUGCUCACAGCCCAGCAGCAACAGCAGCAGCAGCUGCAGCAGCAACAACAGGGCUCUAUGACGGGCCUUUCCCAUCUUCAGCAAGGAAUGAUGUCACAUGCUGGACAGCCCAAAAUGAGUGCUCAGACGUUGGGCUCCUUGCAGCAACAGCAGCAGCAGCAGCAGCUGCAGCAACAGCAGCAGCUGCAGCAGCAACAGCUGCACCUUCAGCAGCUGCACCAACAACAGCUUCAGCAACAACAGCAACAUCUUCAGCAGCAGCAACAUCUCCAGCAGCAGCAGCAACAACAGCUCCAGCAGCAGCAGCAACAACAGCAACAUCUUCAGCAGCAGCAACAUCUUCAGCAGCAGCAGCAGCAGCAACAGCAACAUCUUCAGCAGCAGCAGCAGCAGCAGCAGCAGAUGGGCCUCUUGAAUCAGAAUCGAACUUUACUAUCUCCUCAGCAGCAGCAGCAGCAGCAGCAGCAGCAGCAGCAGCAGGUGACCCUUGGCCCCGGCAUGCCAGCCAAACCUCUUCAACACUUUUCUAGCCCUGGAGCCCUAGGCCCAACCCUCCUCCUGACAGGCAAGGAACAGAACAUUGCAGAGACAUCCCUUCCUUCAGAGGUCACUGAGGGACCCUCCACCCAUCAAGGAGGGCCACUAGCAGUGGGGACAACACCUGAGUCGAUGUCUGUUGAACCAGGGGAGGUAAAGCCCUCCGUUUCUGGAGACUCACAACUCCUACUUGUCCAAUCCCAGGCCCAGUCUCAGCCCGCCUCAGUGCAGCUGCAGCCACCACUAAGGCUCCCAGGACAACCCCCACAGCAAGUUAACUUGCUCCACACAGCGGGUGGAGGAAACCAUGGGCAGCAGCUAGGGAGUGGAUCCUCUUCCGAGGCCCCAUCUAUCCCCCACCUGCUGACCCAGCCCUCUGUUUCCUUAGGGGAGCAGCCUGGGCCUAUGGCCCAGAACCUUCUGGGUUCCCAACAGCCCCUUGGGCUAGAUCGGCCCAUUCAGAACAAUACAGGGCCACAGCCCCCCAAAUCGGGCCCUGUCCCUCAGUCUGCACAGGGUCUUCCUGGGGUUGGAGUCAUGCCUACGGUGGGUCAGCUUCGAGCACAGCUCCAAGGAGUCCUGGCCAAAAACCCACAGCUGCGGCACCUGAGCCCGCAGCAGCAGCAGCAGCUGCAGGCCCUCCUCAUGCAGCGGCAGUUGCAGCAGCAGCAGAGUCAGGCAGUACGCCAGACUCCACCGGUCCAGGAGCCUGGGACCCAGCCCUCUCCUCUCCAGGGCCUCUUGGGCUGCCAACCUCAACCUGGGAGUUUUUCUGGAUCUCAGACUGGACCCCUCCAGGAGCUAGGGGCAGGGCCUAGACCUCAGGGCCCACCCCGGCUCCCUGUCCCACAAGGAGCCUUAUCUACAGGACCAGUGCUUGGCCCUGUCCAUCCCACACCUCCACCAUCCAGUCCCCAAGAGCCAAAGAGACCUUCACAAUUACCUUCCCCCAGUGCCCAGCUAACCCCUACCCAUCCAGGGACUCCAAAGCCCCCAGGGCCAACCUUGGAGCUGCCUCCUGGGAGGGUCUCACCUGCUGCUGCCCAGCUUGCAGAUACAUUCUUUGGCAAGGGGCUGGGACCUUGGGACCCCUCAGACAACCUAACCGAAGCCCAGAAGCCAGAGCAGAGCAGCCUGGUAUCUGGGCAUCUGGAGCAGGUAAAUGGACAGGUGGUACAUGAGCCACCCCAACUCAGCAUCAAGCAGGAGCCUCGGGAAGAGCCAUGUGCCCUGGGCGCACAGACAGUGAAAAGGGAGGCCAAUGGGGAGCCAGCAGGGACACCGGGCACCAGCAACCACCUUCUGCUAGCAGGCUCCCGCUCAGAGGCCGGGCAUCUGCUCUUGCAGAAGCUUCUACGGGCAAAGAAUGUGCAACUUGGUACUGGGCGGGGGCCUGAGGGGCCUCGGUCUGAGAUCAACGGACACAUUGACAACAAGCUGUCGGGGCUGGAGCAGAAACUCCAGGGUCCUCCCAGCAACAGAGAGGACGCAGCCACGAGAAAGCCUUUGCCAGUGAAGCCCAAGCGGGCACAGAAGGCCAGUGACAGGUUGGUGAGCUCCCGAAAGAAGCUGCGGAAAGAAGAUGGGGUCAGGGCCAAUGAGGCCUUACUGAAACAGCUAAAACAGGAACUGUCCCAGCUGCCCCUGACGGAGCCUACCAUCACCGCCAACUUUAGCCUCUUCGCUCCCUUUGGCAGCGGCUGCCUAGUCAGUGGGCAGAGCCAGCUCAGGGGGGCCUUCGGAAGUGGGGCUCUACACACCGGCCCCGACUACUAUUCUCAGCUGCUCACCAAGAAUAACCUGAGUAACCCGCCGACACCACCCUCGUCGCUGCCCCCCACCCCACCCCCAUCGGUGCAGCAGAAGAUGGUGAAUGGUGUUACUCCCUCUGACGAGCUGGGGGAGCACCCCAAGGAUGCAGCCUCUGCCCAGGACACUGAAGGAACAUUGAGGGAUGCUGCCGAGGUGAAGAGUUUAGAUCUGCUGGCUGCUCUGCCCACACCCCCUCACAAUCAGACUGAGGAUGUCAGGAUGGAGAGUGAUGAGGACAGUGACUCCCCUGACAGCAUCGUGCCGGCGUCGUCCCCUGAGAGCAUCCUUGGGGAAGAGGCCCCACGUUUUCCACAGCUGGGCUCUGGCCGGUGGGAGCGGGACAGUCGGUCCCUCUCUCCUGUCAUCCCUAUCAUCCCCCGUGCCAGCAUCCCUGUCUUCCCAGAUACAAAACCUUAUGGGGCCCUUGACCUGGAGGUCCCUGGAAAGCUGCCUGCUGCAGCUUGGGAAAAAGGCAAAGGAAGUGAGGUGUCCGUCAUGCUGACAGUCUCUGCCGCCGCCGCCAAGAAUCUGAAUGGUGUGAUGGUAGCAGUGGCAGAGUUACUAAGCAUGAAGAUACCCAACUCCUACGAGGUGCUGUUCCCAGACAGCCCUGCCCAAGCUGGCCUUGAGCCUAAGAAGGUGGAAGCGGAGGGCCCUGGUGGGAAAGAAAAAGGUUUGAGUGUCCGGGGCCCUGACGCUGGACCUGAUUGGCUGAGGCAGUUUGAUGCCGUGUUGCCUGGCUACACCCUUAAGAGCCAGUUAGACAUCUUGAGCCUCCUGAAACAGGAGAGUUCUGCCCCAGAGCCAUCCACCCAGCACAGCUACACCUACAACGUCUCCAACCUGGAUGUGAGGCAGCUCUCCGCCCCGCCUCCUGAGGAACCGUCCCCACCUCCAUCCCCUUUGGCACCUUCCCCUGCCAGCCCCCCCGCUGAGCCCCUGGUUGAACUUCAGGCUGAACCCUCUGCUGAACCACCAAUCCCUUCGCCUCUGCCACUGGCUUCCUCCCCUGAAUCUGCCCGGCCCAAACCCCGAGCCCGGCCCCCUGAAGACAGCGAAGAUUCCCGUCCCCCACGCCUCAAAAAGUGGAAAGGGGUACGCUGGAAGCGGCUGCGACUGCUGCUUACCAUCCAGAAGGGCAGCGGGCGGCAAGAGGACGAACGGGAAGUGGCAGAGUUUAUGGAGCAGCUCGGUACAGCCUUGAGACCAAACAAGGUGCCUCGAGACAUGCGACGAUGCUGCUUCUGUCAUGAAGAGGGAGAUGGUGCCACUGAUGGGCCUGCCCGCCUCCUCAACCUUGACCUGGACCUCUGGGUACACCUCAACUGUGCCCUGUGGUCCACGGAGGUGUAUGAAACCCAGGGUGGGGCACUGAUGAACGUGGAGGUGGCCCUGCACCGAGGACUGCUGACCAAGUGCUCGCUGUGCCAGCGAACUGGUGCCACUAGCAGUUGCAACCGCAUGCGCUGCCCCAGUGUCUACCACUUUGCCUGUGCCAUCCGUGCCAAGUGCAUGUUCUUCAAGGACAAGACCAUGCUGUGUCCGAUGCACAAGAUCAAGGGGCCUUGUGAGCAGGAACUGAGCUCCUUUGCUGUCUUCCGGAGGGUCUACAUUGAACGGGACGAGGUGAAGCAGAUCGCCAGCAUCAUCCAGCGGGGUGAGCGGCUACACAUGUUCCGAGUAGGAGGUCUUGUGUUCCAUGCCAUUGGACAGCUGCUCCCACACCAGAUGGCUGACUUCCACAGUGCCACGGCCCUCUAUCCUGUGGGCUACGAGGCUACUCGCAUCUACUGGAGUCUUCGGACCAACAAUCGCCGCUGCUGCUACCGCUGCUCCAUCAGCGAGAAUAACGGCCGGCCGGAGUUUGUGAUCAAAGUCAUUGAGCAGGGUUUAGAAGACCUGGUCUUCACUGAUGCCUCUCCCCAAGCUGUAUGGAACCGCAUCAUUGAACCUGUGGCAGCCAUGAGAAAAGAAGCAGACAUGCUGAGGCUCUUCCCCGAGUACCUAAAAGGCGAGGAGCUCUUUGGGCUGACAGUGCACGCUGUACUUCGCAUAGCCGAGUCGCUACCUGGGGUGGAGAGCUGUCAGAACUAUUUAUUCCGCUAUGGGCGCCACCCCCUGAUGGAACUGCCACUCAUGAUCAACCCCACCGGCUGCGCCAGAUCAGAACCUAAAAUCCUCACACACUACAAACGGCCCCAUACCUUGAACAGCACCAGCAUGUCUAAGGCAUAUCAGAGCACCUUCACAGGCGAGACCAACACCCCAUACAGCAAGCAGUUUGUGCACUCCAAGUCAUCUCAAUAUCGGCGCCUGCGCACUGAGUGGAAGAACAAUGUUUACCUGGCUCGCUCCCGUAUCCAGGGCCUAGGGCUCUAUGCAGCCAAGGACCUAGAAAAGCACACGAUGGUCAUCGAGUACAUUGGCACCAUCAUCCGCAACGAGGUGGCCAAUCGGCGGGAGAAAAUCUACGAGGAGCAGAACCGAGGCAUCUACAUGUUCCGGAUAAACAAUGAACACGUGAUUGACGCUACGUUGACUGGAGGCCCUGCCAGGUACAUUAACCACUCCUGUGCCCCUAACUGUGUAGCAGAGGUCGUAACAUUUGACAAGGAGGACAAAAUCAUCAUCAUCUCCAGCCGGCGGAUCCCCAAAGGAGAGGAGCUGACCUAUGACUAUCAGUUUGAUUUCGAGGACGAUCAGCACAAGAUCCCCUGUCACUGUGGAGCCUGGAACUGUCGGAAAUGGAUGAACUAAGAAGCUUUGAGGCUACCAGGCAGGGGAGCACCCCACCCCCCGCCUCCUCCCUGAAAGGGAUGAGGGGGAAGAGCGGUAGCAGCCAGAGCUAGGACCCAGGGCUGGGGCUGCCGGCCGACCGGAGCCCCUGGAGCAGGAGGCUGGGCAGAGGGCCCUAGGCCAAGCCCACCCUGGGCACCAGGGACAACCUUCUUCCCUGCCACCGGCCCUUAGGCUGGCAUCUCUGCCCCCAGCUCCAGGAGGGGACAGACAGAAGCAGCCACUGGGCAUCUCAGGUUUGAGGGGGAUAUGGGCCGGGAACUACCCAGAAGUGUCUGGGAGGCAGCAGGGAGGGAGGAGGAGGAUGUGUGGCCGGGCCUCACCGCCCUGCUGCCUCCACCGGCCUCUCUGGCCCAACUCAAGGCUGCAAAGAGACUUGACUAAAAGCUUGACAAUCCCAAAGGCCGGGUCCCACACCUGGCCCUGCCUGCCGGGUCCUGCCCCUGCCCUCACCCCCAUCCCCUUCCUCUCUUCUGUCUCUGUCUCCCUCUUUCCUCUGUGUUUCUGUCUCUCUAUGGGUUGUGUUUCCUUGUUUUCCACUCUGACAAAUGCAACAUGAUGGGAAAGAGGCAUCCAGAUGCCCAGGAGGGCAAGCUGGGCAAGGAGACCCCGCACCCACACCUACCUCAUUUAAGUGUUGGAUUUUUUGCUGUUUUGAAAUGUGAGACCCUCUCCAAGCCCCCACUGCCCUGUCCCCCUCCCCCACCUCACUGCCCUCUUCUAGUGGGUGGAGGGGGGGUAGGAGGAGGAAGCAACAACAGUAACAACAACAAAAAUCCAUCUUUGUUUUUAAUGAUGGGCAUGGGAUGGUGGUUGAGGCAAAUGGCGAUGAAGAUUGGGGAUGACUGGUCCCUAGUUGCUCUAGAACUUCCUUCUCCAUCUGGACAUGGAGGCAGGAGGGGGUGUGCUAAACCUAGGACCAGGAUCUCUCUCUCCUGUUUUCCCAGCCUCAUCCUUAGCCCAUUUGCCCUCCAGCCCCUGGAUGGGGUGUGGGGGGUAGGGUGAGGGCUAUCCCUGUGUGGCAUGCCCAUACCCAGUGAGGCAGGGUGUGGCCCAGAGCUCUCACUUUCCCUCAGUCACCAAACUGCUGCUGGUCUGGUGGGAAUGGGUGGUGAUGUGGGGGUGGGGAGCUUAGUGUCAGCGCGGGGAGGGUGGGGGGUAUUUAUCUAUUUAUACGUGGGGUUGUACAUAGUCUUGUGGGGCAUGGGGGAGCCGGCUGGAGGUGAGAACCCUCCCCUCUCCCCCAACCCCCGGGGAGAGCAAAUGUAAAACUACUAAUUUUUGUGCUUUAUAUAUUCUAUAUAAAUAUAUCUAUUUUCUUUUUACAAAA